AUGGCGCCGCCGUCCAUCCACUGCCCCUCCGACGACGGCAGCACCGAUGAGAAGGCUCUCAGCAGGGCGGCCAUGGACGGCAACCUCCGCCGCCUCAAAGGUAUUGUAAAGAGUCUUACCAAAGGAAAUGGCGACCGGUCCGCCAUUUUCUCUUUCAACACGGAUGGACUUAAUGUGUUGCAUUUCGCGGCGAUGGCCGGAAAUCUGGUGGUUUGCAAGUAUUUGGUGGAGGAGCUUGGGGGAGAUGGGAAUGCUCCUGGAUCUGGAGCUCUAGCGCAAGGCUCGACUCCGUUUAUGAUGUCUGCUCAGUCGGGUGAUCUUCCUACCUUCACAUACUUUCUUGAUCAUGGUGGUGAUCUGAUGAAAACAGACGACAAAGGAAGCACAGUUCUCCACCAUGCUGCGGCUAAAGGAAGUAGCAAGGUAACAGAGUUCAUCCUUUCAAAAGGAGUGCCAGUUGACCUGGACUGUGGCCGUGGAACUCCACUCUAUAUGGCUGCUACAAAUGAGCAAGAUAAGACACUCAAGAUUUUACUGGACCACAAUGCGAAUCCUAACAUCACUACUAGUGGUGUUGGAGGUCCCCUGCUCGGUGCUGUUAUUUACGGCUCAUGGAAAUGUAUGAAGCUGCUCAUUAAGGCUGGUGCCAAUGUUAACUGCAGGGGUUCCAUGAUUACUCCCCUGGCAUUUGCAACAAUGCACGGAGACUACACCAACUACAUUAGAUUGCUACUGAAGGCUGGAGCAGAUCCUAAUAUUCCAGAUGAUGCGGGUAUGUUGCCAAUAGAGUAUGCUGCAGUGCGUGAUUGCAUGGAAGAGGUUGAAAUGUUGCUGCCUCUGACUACCCCAAUUCCAAAUGUCCCAGACUGGAGUAUUGAGGGAGUAAUUUCUUAUGCAAAAUUUGGAGAUAAAAGGCCAAUAGAGCAACUGCACUUUGAAAGAAGAAAUUCUUUGUUCAAGUCAAAGGCUGAUACGGCAUUCAAGAAGGAGUAUAAGAUGCCAUCACCGUUUUAUGACCUGGUAAGGUGGAGAAAAGAAGUGACUGGGAAGACAAAGGAAAUUUCCCGUAUGACCUCGGAGAGGAAAGAAAAGGGUCACAUGGAUUCAUCAUUAAGUAUGCCUAGAUCUACCAGGGACCCAGAUAUGCUAUCAUUUGAUUUGGAUGAUUCAUAG